GACUUGGGCCGUCUCCGUCGCGGAUACUGGCUAUCUCCUUGCGUUUCGCGUGAGCUGUGGUUCGGCUGCACCGUUUCUUUGCGCUGGAAACGCGCGUGCAAUAAAAUUGAAUCGUAGCGCCGCAAAAUGCUCAGGAUGCAGCGAUUGGCCUUUUUGCUGAUGGCUGCUGCCGCCGCAUGGCAGCUGCCAUCGCUGACCGCGCGGCGACCAACUCUAUUACGAGCCGAGACCGAGGCGGCCCUGGCCCAGGGCCGCACGGAUGCCCUCAUCAAGGAGUUGGCCGACACCGAGGUCUUUAACCUCCCGGCCAAAGUAAGGCAAGAGACCAUUUUGAGGCAGGUCGGCCGGCCGCAGUUCUUUUUGCGCAUUGCGGAGCUGUGCGACGAUGCGGAUGAGGAAGAACGCGAGAAGCUCACGGCGUUGGCCGAUAACCUCGCGAAGACUUUGACGGUCGUCGUCGAGUCCGCGGAGCAAAAGAUCGACGACUCGUCCGCCAUCUUGCAGGAGGUCGUCGCGUCGUGCGCCGAGCCCGACGGCGAGUUUUUGGUACCGUUAUCGGAGGAGCGGUUCUCAUCGCUGCAAAAAGCGGUCUGGACGAAGAUGGAGGCCGGCGAGUUGGGGGAAAUCGCAUUGUCGACGGUGGACGCCUGGGCGAAGAAGGCCCAGGACGACGGGUUGGACGGGAUGGUUUCUAUCCUGCGAAAAGUGCUGCAGCUCUACGCUUCGAGAGUACUGCGCUUCGACGCGGCGCUCGCGGCGCAGCAGCUCGCGGAGAUGAUGCCGCCCGACGCCGCGGAGAAGGUCGAUUUGAGCGGCGACGCGCCGGCGUUGCACCCCGACUACGCCGCCGCCGCGGACCUCUACGAGGAGCUGCUCGCCGGCGACGCCGACGCGUGGCCGCGGCUGUUGAGCGAGCGGCUGAACGGCGACGGCGCCGUGAAGAAGCGCAAUGUCCUGGCCAUCGUCCAGGCCCAGAUCGAGCGCGUCGUUUUACUGCAGGAGAACGGGUCCUUUUCCCAGCGCGUGUCCGCGGAGUUCCUGCGGGAGCUCGUGCAGCAGGUCGAGAAGAACGCGCCGGCGUCCGAGGACGACGCGUUCGACGCCGCGGCGUUUGUGAGGGAGCAGGUCCUCGGCGACGACGCAUAAGUAUGAUUUCUU